UCUUCUUCUCUUUUUUUGUCUUCUUCUUCUUGUUUGUCAGCAUCAAUAUGUCCGCCUCCAACGAAGACACGUUUGCCGAGGAAGCAGAUGACAUGGAAGCGCAGGAGCAAGACGACGCCGCCAGCGACGACGACGACGAGGGAGUUGACAUGGAGGGGGACGAAGAGGAGGAAGGAGACGGCGACAAGAAGGUGUACGUGCCCGGAAUCGAGCCUCUUAAACCGGGAGAGCAGCUGCAGAUGGACCUGACGGCAUAUCGCAUGUACCACGAGUGUCAAACAGGCGCGCCAUGUUUGAGCUUCGACGUCUUGAGGGACACCGAUGGCGACGGCAGGAAGGAGUUCCCUCUGUCCAUGUUGCUGUGUGCGGGCACACAGGCUGACACAGCCAUGGCCAACAGACUGCUGGUCUUGCGCAUGCACAACCUGCACGGAACAGAAAAAGAGAAGGAGCAGGAGGAGGAAAGCAGUGAUGAAGACAGCGAUGAGGAAGAGGAUGAUGAAAGUAAAAAGCCGCAGCUGGAACUGGCCAUGAUGCCUCAUUUCGGAGGCAUUAACAGAGUUAGAGUGACCCGGCGCGGCGACCAGGCACUGGCCGCCGUCUGGUCCGAGAAGGGACAGGUGGAAAUAUUUGAUCUGCGACCUCAGCUGGAGGCCGUCCACAGUUCUGCAGCCAUGGCGACGUUCAUGAAGCAGCAGAAGGAAGCCGUGGCGCUCUUCAGCUUCUCGGGUCACAUGACUGAGGGCUUUGCCAUUGACUGGUCGCCCAUGGUUCCCGGUCGUCUGGUCAGUGGCGACUGCAAGAAGAACAUUCAUGUGUGGGAGCCACAGGAGGGCGGAGCCUCGUGGCGUGUCGACCAGCGGCCUUUCAGCUCGCACAGCAAGUCCGUCGAGGACCUGCAGUGGUCGCCGACUGAAGCUACCGUUUUUGCGUCGUGCUCAGUGGACCAGUCCAUCCGUGUUUGGGAUAUCCGAGCGCCGCCCAACUCCAUGCUGUCAGCCGACCAAGCCCACGAGUCAGACAUCAACGUCAUCAGCUGGAACCGUUCCGAACCGUUCCUCCUCUCGGGGGGUGACGACGGGCUUCUCAAAGUGUGGGACCUGCGGCAGUUUAAGACUGGGCGGCCGGUGGCCAAUUUCAAGCAGCACUGCGGACCCAUCACCUCGGUGGAGUGGAGCCCGGUCGACUCGAGCGUGUUCGCCGCGUCCGGGGCGGACGACGUUAUCAGCCAGUGGGAUCUGUCGGUGGAAUCGUGCGAUGCGGGUGCCAGGGUGGAGGGAUUGAAGGACCUCCCCCCGCAGCUGCUCUUCCAGCACCAGGGCCAGUCGGAGAUCAAGGAGGUCCACUGGCACCCGCAGAUCCCCGGCGUUAUGGUCUCCACCGCGCUGUCGGGAUUCAACGUGUUCAGGACGAUAUCCGUGUAGCAUGACGAGUACAUGCUUUGUGUGAAAAUGAGAAUUUUCAAUUGACCUUACCCAGGAGGAACGUCUCGAGACCUCCGAUGAUGUCACUCGUGCGUCUUUAGCUUUCUCCAGAGACAACUGGAAGUAAACCUCGACAUGUAUCAGCUUUUCCACGCAACCUUUGUUCUGUAUAAUAUAGAUGCUGCGUGUUUUAUUUUACUAUUAUGUGCUCAAAAUAAAAUAACAACUAAUCGAUUAUCGACUAUUUUAGUAAGUAUUCAUUUUGAGUUGUUUAACUUGAAAUUGUCCAAAUUAUCUCACUUUAGCCUCUCAGCUUUAAUUAUUCUGUUUUACAUAGCCCUACAUGAAAGCAAGACUGCGUUUAAUACAUUUGCAAACAUCUGCUUUUACUUGGAAAAACAAUGACCCGUCCAAUUUCAGAAAAGUACAUCGGCAAUCUCUUUCGUGUGCCAAUGUUUUUAUUUUUAAUCAAUAAACAAUACCAAAUUUCAAUUAAUUCUGUAA